GAAUCCCAUUCUCUCUUUUGGGGACACAAGGAGUGUGAACUUGGGUCUGAGCACUAUUUUGACAUCUUUGGAGUCCUCUUGGAUUGCAUUGCUCAUCUGGUUGCUUGAGGGUGCUUUGAUUUUUGCAGCCAGAAAAUAAUAAAGGACGUUGCCAUGGUGCUAAUGAUACUGCCGUUGGUGGGGGCCGUGUCCGUGUCGGAGAGCCUGGUGGCCCUGACCACGCUGUGUCUGGUCUACCUGUUGCUGAAGUUCCUCCGCAGCGACAUUCCGCAAGGGCUGCGGCGGCUCCCGGGGCCCCGACCCCUGCCGAUCAUCGGCAACGUGCUCCAAGUGGGCAACAGGCCUUACCUGAGCCUGACCGCCAUGAGCAAGCGCUACGGCCCCGUGUUUAAGAUCCAGAUUGGCAUGCGUCCCGUGGUGGUGCUGAGCGGCAGCGAAACGGUGCGACAGGCGCUCAUCAAACAAGGAGAGGACUUCUCGGGCAGGCCCGACCUGUACACGUUCCGCUUCAUCAACGACGGCGAGAGUCUGGCCUUCAGCACGGACCAGGCAGGUGUGUGGCGGGCGCGCCGGAAGCUGGCCUACAGCGCCCUGCGCUCCUUUGCCACCCUGAAUGGCACCUCGCCGCAGUACUCGUGCAUGCUGGAGGAACACAUCUGCAAGGAAGGCGAGUACCUGGUCGAGCAGCUCAACAAAGUCAUGAAGGCCGACGGCAGCUUUGACCCCUUUCGCCACAUCGUCGUCUCUGUGGCCAACGUCAUCUGCGGAAUGUGCUUCGGCCGCCGCUACGACCACGACGACCAAGAGCUUCUGGGCCUGGUCAACCUCAGUGACGAGUUCACCCAAGUGGUGGGCAGCGGCAACCCAGCCGAUUUCAUCCCGGCUCUCCAGUACCUGCCGAGUGCCACCAUGAGGGCGUUUGUAAGCCUCAACGCCCGCUUCAACGCCUUUGUGAGGAAGAUUGUGGUUGACCACUACGCCACCUUCAACAAGGACAACAUUCGGGACAUCACUGACUCUCUCAUCGACCACUGCGAGGACAGGAAGCUUGACGAGAACUCCAAUGUCCAGGUGUCGGAUGGCAAGGUCGUCGGGAUCGUCAAUGACCUCUUUGGAGCCGGUUUCGACACCAUCUCGACCGCCCUGUCGUGGUCUGUCAUGUACUUGGUGGCUUAUCCGGAGAUGCAGGAAAGGCUUUAUCAAGAGCUGAAGAACAAAGUGGGACUUCACCGCUCUCCUCUUUUGUCCGACAAAGUCAACCUGCCCCUCCUGGAGGCCUUCAUCCUGGAAAUCUUUCGUCACUCCUCAUUCCUGCCCUUCACUAUCCCCCAUUGUACCACAAAGGACACAUCUCUGAACGGCUUUUUUAUUCCCAAAGACACCUGCGUCUUUAUCAAUCAAUGGCAAAUCAAUCAAGACCCUGAGAUCUGGAAAGAUCCAUCCACCUUCAACCCGGAGCGCUUCCUGAGUGAUGAUGGCACCGAGCUCAAUAAGCAGGAGGGCGAGAAGGUGAUGAUCUUUGGCAUGGGCAAGCGCCGCUGCAUCGGUGAGGUCAUCGCGCGGCACGAGGUCUUCCUCUUCCUGGCCAUCAUUGUGCAGAGGCUGCAUUUCCGCACCAUGCCCGGCGAUCCUGUCGACAUGACGCCCGAGUAUGGCCUCACCAUGAAGCACAAACGCUGCCACCUGAGAGCUACCAUGCGACCGUUUGACGUGCAGUGAAGACACAGCGGAGAAACGUCUAUAUGAACGAUGUGCGGAGCUGAGAAAAUAAGCAACCGCAAUGACUAUCCCAGUGAUGUACAAUGCGCGUUAUACUGCAUUUGAGUUCAUAUUGUCCGACGGCUCCACCUUAAAUAAUCAUUCACAUCUGGUCUGAGCAAAAACAUAGUGAAUAGGUGAGUUUUUCGGAGGCUACAUUUCACCUCUAAAA